AUGGAGAACGUCACCAACGUCUCGCUGAAUCACGGAGACAGCAGUGAAGAAGACUACGCCGACUUGGAUGACAUCUACGCGGCAACAGAACAUUCAGUACCUUGGGCAUUUCAGGUGGGCACCGCUGUGGUGUAUGCGGUGGUGCUGCUUGGUUGCGGGACGAACAAUGCCUGCCGCCUCGCUAGAGCCUGCCGCCAACCACCAAGAAAGAGACACAUCGUGGAAGCAAAUCUAAGAAUGGCGGAUUUUCUGUUGGUCGUCUUUGGUGUGCCCCUGAUAUUCCAGUACCACACCGUGACGCCGUUUGCGUGGUACUGGGGUAGCGCUGUCUGUACCGCCUACACCUACGGAAAGGCCGUGCUACAAGGAGUCGCCUCACACCUGUUUCUCGUUCUUGAAAUUGACAGGUGCCAGGCCAUCUGCUGCAGUACCAGAGCAUACCGCUUGUCUACACCGAGAGCUUGUCUGGUGUGCCUGGUGGCGUGGCUGUUCUCCAUAGUGGCGUCCCUCCCCUUUGCCCUGUACUCCUACAGUGUGAAGGACUCCUUCACUGGUAGUGAGGUUUGCCUCACGGUCUGGCCGGCUGAAGCUUUGAGUAACUAUCAGCUCUACUCCACGGCCAUGCUGCUGACCCAGUGUGCGGCCCCUUGCGUCCUGUCCCUGACGUGCAGCUUGCUUGUCCUAAAGAAGAUCUGGAGCCGCCGCUUUCCGACCUGCCAGCCCUCCGUCCGCGGCAAGGUGUCCAGGAAGUCCAAAACCAAGGCAACCAUCCUCCUCUGCGUCGUCCUGUUCUUCUUCGCGUGCCUCACGCCUUCAUACCUUCUCCCCACACUGGCAAGCUUCAACGCUAUCGGCUAUGACUGGUCUCACCAGAAGUUUCUAACGGCCGUGGGAGUCGCGGAAGCUCUGACGUUUCUGCGCUGUGUUUUCAGCAUGGGGUUCUUCGUGGGCCAGCCUAACCAACCAUCGCUCAGGAAUAUCACGUCUGGGAAAGAAGGAUGUGCGACUCGUCACAAGACUGGAAACGUAAUACCUUCUUCAGACGACGUCGAAACUGUCCAGGUACAACUAAAACGUGUGCGGCGUCUGGAACACUGAUAGACAGAGAGCUUCGAUAUCUUGAUCUUUGAAUGAAGCAAGAUUUGGCCGCCGAUAGAAGA